GUAAAGUCUUUUUCUUACUUGGUGAUGUGCUGGUUCCUUCCUAGUUGCUCCAUAACUCAUGUAUGUAUGUGCUAUAGUCUCAUUGGUGCAAGUUCAGUCUUCCUUUUACUUGGUGAUGUGCCGGUUCCCUGCUGGUUGCUCCAUAGCUCACGUUGCUCCACAGCUCAUGUAUCGCUUCAUCCCCUCCUCUGUGCCUUCCACUCAGCCUGCUCUUCAUGGCUGCAAGUGCUCGGUGCCCCCCGGGGUCGGUCGCCUCCUUCGCUCCUUCUCAUCCACAGUCACAGAUCUCGCAGUCAUGAAGGCAAACCGUGUGAUGGAAUUGAUAAGUACUGGCAAUGCCACCAUGCUGGCAAUGGCACCAAUGGCACCAUUUCCUUCUUCUCAAGUGCGAGAACACCAAGUAGUCCAUGGACACGCAACAACUAGAUCGUCCUGCUCACCCUCUUCUGUCAAACAAGUGCCUUCUGUCCAGAAAGUGCCUGCAUUCUCCACCUCUGUGGUAGUAGAUUGCAGACACAAUGCUGCAAAAAGAAUCAUUCAUAGACCGCAGCAAGCACGACAAGCAAGACAAGAGGCAUGUGUUCACGGGCCUUGGCGGAUGCAGCAGCAGCAGCAGGGUGUAUGGGGUCAUUCAAGAGCUGUGAGGGGCGCCGUUGCCACCGUGACAGGGUCUCAGAUACCCACACUGAUUGCAAGAGGUAAUGAUGUGCUGGGUGGGGUUAAGCGACGACCCCUCCUGCUGCAUGGGUCAUCCUCACACCUCUCCUCUGUUGCCGUUCUUCUGUGUGGGUUACUUUUCACGGCUGCAAAGUCAGCUCUCCCAGUUGCUGUGUCUGAUCCCCCCUGCCGACAUGGAUAUGGCAGACCACUGACAACGACACAGCGAGAGCCUAGUACUAAUAAGAUAGCCUCUGCUGCUGCCGAUCCUCUUCCUGCGCUCGCGAAGGAUUCAAAGAAAGCCUGUGCUGCAGAUCUGCUUAAGUUGCUCACGAAUGACCCAGCGCUAAACCCAAAACGGGCGAUGGAUUUAAGGAAGUGCAUAUGGCCUUUGAUUAGUGCAACGGAACUCUCAUCAUCAUCAUCAUCAUCAUCACCAGCACCACCAGCACCACCAUCCUUGCCACCAUCAUUAUCAUCAUCAUCUUAUGUAAAGAAUGCGGUAGACGAAAAGCAGCAACAUGUCAGUCGGGUUUUGCUUGAUCUGCCUCAUUCUGUGAGGAAUGGGGUGGUGGAUCGUCAGUCAGCAUGGAGGACUUUGACUUCGCAGCAGCAGCGCAGAGCCACCAAGCAGAGCAAAAUGAAUGAUGUGGAUGUGGAGGUGGAGGUGGAGGUGGAUGUGCUGCAAGGACAUGGUGGAAGGAAGCGGUUUUCGGAGAAGACAAGGAAAAUAAUUGAUUGGUUGAUAAAGCGACCGCCUUGCAGCGUUCUGAACAUGUCAGAGGCUGCUGCGAGAUCGGGAGGCGACCCGGAGUCCAUCCGGAGAUUCCUUUCGCCUGUUGCUGAGCAGGUCCCUGACAUCGAGGGGGCUUUCGCUGCCAAGUGCCAAUUGUGCCAACGGCCAACAGGGCAGCGAUUUGCAGACAGAGAAGCCAACCAAUACUUUGCAAUGUUAUUUGAAGUCAUUAAGGACAGAGCCCCUGUGUUGGGCAUCUCCAUUGCGCUGAGUCGAUUUGACCUGUUUCAUGGGCACAUCUUCACUGCAUUUGGGACUGGACAGUUAGGCAUCCUUUUCCAUGCGCGCGAGUACCCAGCUGAGGACGAUAUUACCUUUCCGUACAAUCUUGGGUUUUGCCAGCGUGGCUCGCCCAUCAGGUACGACUCGGCUAUGGAUUUCCGUAACUUACUGUGGCUGGCACCGCUUGUGCAGCUCUUGCCUACCGAGGCCCCGGAGAAAAGAAUCCCCCGUGUCCUAUCCUCUGGAAUGCUCUGCGCGGUGGAUGUUUCGCCUGAGACGGUCUGCUACGAGGAGCUGGUGGAUGAAUGGUUGAAGCUCGUACGGACUGUGUACGAAGGGGAUUUUGGGAAUGUUGUCGCAGACAUCAACUAUUUUGGGUCUCUGACGGACAGACCUCCGGAAAAUAGACUUUUUGUUUGCUAGUCCAGUAAGGCAAGCUGGUGAGUGCACACUCAAACCAGUGCACAACUCCCGAGAGAACUAACCUGACCUAAUCUAACCUAACCUCACCUCACCUAACCUAACCUAACCUAACCUAACCUAAGUUAACCUGACCUGACCUAACCUAACCUAAUCUGUCCUAACCUAACCUAUCCUCCACAGAACGCAUGCUCGAUUGCCUGUUUAUCUCAGUUGAAAAAGUGGUCUCUGCUGGUCAGGGAGACUCAAUCAGUGCACAACUACGGAGAGAAUUGACCUGACCUAACCUAACCUAACCUAACCUGACCUGACCUGACCUGACCUUAACCUAAUCCUUAACCUAACCUAACCUAUCCUCCACAGAAUGCAUUCUCGAUUUCCCUGUUUAUCCCAGUUGAAAAAGUGGUCUCUGAUGGUCAGGUAGACUCAAUCAGUGCACAACUACGGAGCGAAUUGACCUAACCUAACCUAACCUAACCUAACCUAACCUAACCUAACCUAACCUAACCUAAACUAACCUAACCUGACCUGGCCUGACCUAAUCUAAUCUAACCUAACCUGACCUGACCUAACCUAACCUAACCUGACCUAACCUGACGUGACCUGACCUAACCUGGCCUAACCUGACCUGACCUAACUUAUCCUCCACAGAAUGCAUGCUCGAUUGCCUUUUUAUCUAUCUAUCUAUUUUACCUGGCCAGGAAUUGCUGUAGCUGUGUGUGUAGUAGUCAGUGCUUAAUUGCUUGUCAAGCGUUCUCUAACUGACGGACAGAUAAGUUGUUCAGAAAGUUAUCUACUGGGCAGCCUUGUGUUGUAGAUUCUUCGCCUUUCUCUUCCAGAGUUUUGGAAGAUUUCCCUGUUUAUGUCUUCGCUUCAGUAUUACAACUGAUUUAAGUAUAGUUGUGAGCGAUGAAAAAACUAUCGACUGUUCUAGAAUGCGAUGACUCAUCUGCUAAAUGCAGAGUUCACUUCAGUCUACCUCCUCAUGGAUGAAUUGCUACCUCACAAGUCUGUAGACCACUGAUGCUGACUGACUCUUUGCUCUACUAAAUGAACACAAUGUAGCCAG